AUGGCUAGAAAGAAGUUUUACGCCGUUGCAAAGGGUAACAACCCAGGAGUCUAUGAUUCAUGGGAUGAAGCCCAGGGCCAGGUUAAUAAAUUUAAAGGAAGCCAACACAAGUCAUUUAAUACUUUGCAAGAAGCUGAAGCUUAUAUGAGACAGGAAAGUACAUCUGUGAAUACGAGCUCCAGAAUUUCAAGAACACCUGUCGUCCGUUCAAGUCAACAUAUCACGAAAACAAGUAAAAAAAUACAAACUUCUUCGAUAAAUUUUCAGCAGGCUUAUAGUAGUAAUUAUUCCAGUGCAGUUAUUACUAGGUCUUCAGAAAAUAAAAAAAAUGUAGUUGAUGUUUAUACAGAUGGCAGCACACUUGGCAAUGGUCAAAAGGGUGCUAGGGCAGGCUAUGGAGUUUAUUAUGGCAAUGGAGACUUGCGCAAUGUAAGCAAACCUCUUCCUGGAACAAUACAAACAAACCAGCGAGCAGAGCUUUCCGCUGUGAACGAGGCACUGAAUCAAUCCUUGAAAGAUCGACCUGAGAAAGUCAACAUAUACACUGAUUCCCAAUACUCGAUUAAUUGCAUGACAUCUUGGGGAGAUAAAUGGGAAAACAAGGAUUAUAAAACUGUGAAUGGAACUACAGUUCAAAAUCAAGAUUUGGUUAAAACUGGUCGUAAGCUAAUCAAGGAGUUGGAAAAAGAAAGUGUUGAUAUACAGUUUCACUAUGUUCCAGGCCAUAAAGGCCAUCUUGGGAAUGAAGAAGCCGAUCGCUUGCAACACUUGGGAGAAGAUAAAUUGCCUAGUGGCAUCGGGCUACCCUCAAAAUACACAUAUUUUGAUUCUUAUAUGAAAUCAUUUUCUAAUCGACUAGAAGCUGAAAAUUUUUUAAAAAUAGCAUCAUCUUUGAAAUCGCCCGAAGACAAAAAGAAGAGAUAUUAUGCUGUUCAACAAGGUCGGGAAAUAGGCGUAUUUGAAAAGUUCGGGGAUGCCCUCCAAAGUGUUGACAAAUUCAAAAAUUCCAGAUGGAAAGCAUUUACUUCAUAUGAAGAAGCUGAUGCAUUUGUGAAGCAAGCAGAUGACAGUAGUUUAAAAGAAAGUAACGACAAUGGUCGAUACUAUGCCGUACGCCGAGGGCGUAAAACAGGAAUUUUUAGUACAUGGGAAGAGACCAGAGAAGUAAUAGAUAGAUACCGCAAAGCCGAGUAUAGACUCUUUAAAAAUAAGGAUGACGCGGAGGUUUAUAUUAUGCAUAAUGAUCAAUUGACCAAAUCUACACGCAGAUUUUACGUUAUUCAAUGUGGCGAUAGUUAUGAGAUUUUUCAGACAAGUGUGAAUAUGCCAGAUUACUCUUUUAACUUUGGUGAUGGUCAGGUGCAGCUAUUUGACACAUAUGAAGAUGCUAAGAAGCACCUUAAAGGGUUGAUAGAUCCUGAAGAAUAUGAAGUUAGAGAGCAUGAAAUGAUUUAUAUUGAAACAGGCUCAAUUGGAGAAAAUCCAAAGUUUAAAGGUAUGAAUAGUGGGGAAGUUUGCAAUGUGUAUACCGAUGGGUCGUCUAGGGGAAAUGGGAUCGAGGGAGCUGUUGCAGGAGUUGGGGUAUUUUAUGGUAAGAACGAUUUGCGAAAUGUAAGCCGGCUAUUGGGGCCUGGACCACAAACCAACAACCGGGCAGAGCUUGCAGCAAUGACUGAUGCACUUUUGCAAGCAAAGAUUGAUAGGCCUAGUCAGCUCAACAUAUACUCUGAUUCACAGUAUGCGAUUGAGUUGAUGACAAUAUUAAAGAGCAAAUGGGAAGAGCGAAAGUAUAAACGAGGGGACGGACGACUAAUGCCAAAUGCAGAUUUGAUUGAAAAGGGGCACCAAUUGUUGUAUAUUUUAGAGAUGAUGGAAGUAUGUGUGGAGUUUAUUCAUAUUAAGGGUCACUCAGACAAUUAUGGUAACGAUCAAGCGGAUAGACUUGCAAACGAAGGUGCAAUCACUAAUGGUGGUUUUAAGUCUGUAAUUGAUGACAAUAAUGUAAAAGCUAAGAUAAGCUAA